AAGGACGCCGCUUCCUGAAUGGACUAAAAAGUACACACUACGAAGUCCACGCCUUAUCUGCUGCCUCGCGUGUGUAAGUGGGACUAAGCAGCCUCUUUAGUGCGUGUUCACUGGACUGAGCUCGAACUCACCACGCCUUCUUCUUCCUCUUUCCACUCGAUCGCCUCUCCCCGGAACAUCGCGUCCUUUGUGCGGGCACAAUGACGGCCAAGCACCGGAAGGGGAAAAGCAACCACAAACACGAAGAAGACAAUUUAAAGACUGAAGUGGCCGACUCCGAAGUCCGCCCUGGAGGGAAUAGCUCCACGCUGGUGUUCUUGUUAUGUCUCGUCGUUGUGCUCGGCGGCUCCAUUGGGUCUUGGUUCUGCUACCAGCAGCACCUGACUUUAAGCCGCCUGACAGACUCCUUCACCAGCAUGCAGAUGAAAGUGGCCAAGCUGCAGUCACAGGAGAGCCUGCGACAGACGAGCGAUAAGGUACAUGUUUCAGAUGGUCUGAAAAGUCGCCUCAAUGCCUUGGAAGAGUCAUAUGCACAGGCCCAAAAACAGGUGGCCGAGGCCUUGGCUACCGCAGAGCAACUCAAGACAUCAGACCUCCCGGCUCAGGUGCUGUCGCUCCACACCGAGAUGAAGUCCCGCCUGGCUGACAUCCAGCAGACCGCUGUGUCUGCAGAGCAGCUGAGCCAGCUGCAGGUGGCACUACAGGAGAAGACUGAGCAGUUUAAAGGGGUCAGGCUUCAGUUGGAGGGCCUAUCUCAACAAGUCCAAGCUGUUACGGGGCGCCUGGAGGAAGCAGAUGCCAAGCUGGAUGAGGUUGCUCCUUUGAAAGACACCCUGAAGGAGCAGGCUGCACAGCUACUUGACUUGAAGUUGCAGCUGGGCUCCUACCAGCCUCAGCUGGAGGCCAACACAGCAGAGAUGGUGAUUCUUAGAGAAUUGCUGCCGAAUGAACACUCUCAGCUGGUGGACAUGAAGGAGCAGAUUAAUGCAGUUCGAAUCAGCAUUCAAGAUCAGAAAUCGGCCGCCCAAACCCUUCACUUAGAACUAAGGGCUCAGCUCGACAACCUACAGAGACAGGUCACACAGAUGGUGGGCAAUGAUUACGCUACAUCGGAACAAACAGAGGAAGAACAAGCUCCGUUGGUUGUAGAAGAGGCUAUAGAGGAGUUGGAGUCAAACCUUGUGGAUGCACAACCUGAGUCCGAUGAGCCAAGUGACCAUGCACUUCCUUCUCCAGAAAUGGUAGAAACUGACGCAUCACACGCAGAAGAGGAGGAGCCAACCGUGGAAGAACUGGUUGAUGAGGAUGACAAGGGGCCAGCAAAGGAGGUGGCUGUAGAAGGAAAUGUUGGUCAAAUAGAGGAGGAUGAGGGGAUAUUUGAAGCUGAAGAAGAUGAGGUUGACUAUCCAGAGGAACUGUAAGAAGAACAUACUAGCAGGAAAGUGGGUGUCACCAGUGGGGGACUGUCUAUGCAUCCUUCAAGAAGAACUCCCUCAGACUAAAGUGGCGAUUUGACAAAUCUAGAAGUAUCAGUGCUCGCUGCUUUUGCAGGGUACAUCAUGUGGCACAGGUGCUCUUUGAAAGACAGAUGACGUCAUUACCAGAUUUUAGGUCUGUCAACCUCCAAAGCCUUAUUCUGUCUUUCGAGUGAGUGUUUCUUACUGCUUGAAAAUAUUGGGUCGUGCAUUAUACUUUACUUUAAAACUCAACACAUUUGCUGAUGAACUUGAAGCCAUUGGGGUGUUGUCUCGGUGCCAUUAAAAUGGUUUCCUUUUCUAUGCUUUGUAUGUGAUCUUAAAUAAAAUGAUCGCAUAAAGUACACUAUUUGACGGGAAAUUUGGGGGAAUUAACAUCUCUGAAACAGCUGCAAUACCUAAAGAUUUAUGGGACGUUUUCUAUUUGUAGGAAUGCAUGCAUUUGUUGCACCCUUUUACAGCUGCAAUUUUACAUGCAAUUUACCAAAUUGCAUAAUGUUUGUAAUAAGCUAAAAGCACAUAGAAAUUUUGAGGAAAUGUAAUUUUUAAAAAAAUGUUCUUGACCUUUUUGUUUGGUAAAUUGCAAACUAAGCUGCUGUUUCAAGUGUUGAAGAAACUUCAAUGUAGGGCUUCUCAGGGACAAAGUAUUCUCCUGAUACGUGUGUGUUGCUCAUAUAAACACACAUAACUAAUGUGCAUACAAACUGAAUGCUGCUAGUUAAGAUUACAUUUGCCUACGAUAAGUGAUUUCUUGGUUUAAAGGCCUACUGAAAUGACAUUUUUUUAUUUAAACGGGUAUAGCAGAUCCAUUCUAUGUGUCAUACUUGAUCAUUUUGCGAUAUUGCCAUAUUUUUGCUGAAAGGAUUUAGUAUAGAACAACGUCGAUAAAGUUCGCAACUUUUGGUCUCUGAUAAAAAAAAACCUUGCCCCUACCGGAAGUAGCGUGACGUUGUCAGUUGUUCACUCCCUCAUAUUUUCCUAUUGUUUUCAACGCAGCUAGAGCUAUUCGGACCGAGAAAGCGACGAUUACCCUAUUCAUUUGAGCAAGGAUGAAAGAUUUGUGGAUGAGGAACGUUAGAGUGACGGACUAGAAUGCAGUGAAAUACAUAUUUUUUUUCGCUCUGACCGUAACUUAGGUACAAGCUGGCUCAUUGGAUUCCACACUCUCUCCUUUUUCUAUUGUGGAUCACGGAUUUGUAUUUUAAACCACCUCGGAUACUAUAUCCUCUUGAAAAUGAGAGUCGAGAACGCGAAAUGGACAUUCACAGUGACUUUUAUCUCCACGACAAUACAUCGACGAAGCUCUUUAGCAUGAGCUAACGUGAUAGCAUCUGUCUCAAAUGCAGAUAGAAACAAAAUAAAUAAAUCCCUGACUGGAAGGAUAGACAGAAGAUCAACAAUACUAUUAAACCAUGUACAUGUAACUACACGGUUAAUAGAUCUCAGCCUGGCAAAGCUUAACAAUGCUGUUGCUAACGACGCUAAGGCUAACUUAGCAACCGGACCUCACAGAGCUAUGAUAAAAAAACAUUAGCGCUCCACCUACGCCAGCCAGCCCUCAUCUGCUCAUCAACACCCGUGCUCACCUGCGUUCCAGCGAUCAACGGCGCUACGAAGGGCUUCACCCGAUCAUCCGUGCGGUGGGCGGCUAGCAUCGGCUAGGCGUCUGCUAUCCAAGUAAGUAGUCCUUGUUGUGUUGCUACAGCCAGCCGCUAAUACACAGAUCCCACCUACAACGUUCUUCUUUGCAGUCUUCAUUGUUCAUUAAACAAAUUGCAAAAGAUUCACCAACACAGAUGUCCAGAAUACUGUGGAAUUAUGAAAUGAAAACAGAGCUUUUUUGUAUUGUAUUCAAUGGGGAAGGCAUACCUCUGUUCCCCUGGCUACGUCACGCGCAUACGUCAUCCUCCAAAGGCUUUUUCAACCGGAAGUUCAGCGGGAAAUUUAAAAUUGCACUUUAUAUGUUAACCCGGCCGUAUUGGCAUGUGUUGCAAUGUUAAGAUUUCAUCAUUGAUAUAUAAACUAUCAGACUGUGUGGUCGGUAGUAGUGGGUUUCAGUAGGCCUUUAAGAUCAAGUUGGAUUACCUUGUUUUCAGAUGAUCUACUGUCUUCUGAGGAGGGCUACACAAAAGAUCUUUGCAAUACAAGCAGACCAGUAGUCACGUUAAAAAAAAUGUGUUUGGUACAUUUUCUUUUGUAUUACAGAACUCUUAAUCUUACUCUCACCUACUGGUGACACCACAUGACUCUUUCUGAAGUUAACUGGAACGAUGUGAGGCCGCAUCAGCGCCAACAACUAUGCAAUGCAAAAAAAAGCUGUGAUACAAUUCUAAAACCCUCUGAAUUAAUAAACUGCUGUGUGUGUAUUCAUGUUUCACAAAUCUGGAUUGCACUAUUCUUUUUGGACAUUGCUGCACAUGUUCUCCUGUUCACCCUUAGCAGUGGUUAUAUUUGUCAUAAGUAGGAACCUUUACACAUUGUUUUUAAAAUAAA